AACACUGGAGUCAACAGACAUACCCCGACUAUCAUUUGAGGAUCAGGUCUCUGAAAGAGAACUGCAGCACUGACAUUAAUGUGUUAACCGAACCGUGAGGAUAUAUUGCCGACAUAUUGUAAAUAAAAUCCGGAGGACUCUAGCGGAGCUGCUAUCAUUUCAUCGACUGUUUAUUUUAAGGGACUCUCCGGUGUAAGGAGCUGACAGCCACACUUUCCUCUCUAAGCGACCGGUCUUUGGUCCCCAUUUGGACUACCAGUCCCGAAAAGGUCCCAAAGAGAACAAGCGAAGCAUGGUGGCACACACAUCAUAGGAGUCCAGUACUGACAGUGUGGAAAGAGUGAACAGGAGAAGGAAACGGGAGAGGAAGAAAAGAGCAAGUGUUAGAGGAGAUUGGACACUGUUUACCAUCAGAGCAGAUGGGUGAGACAGAUGAUGAGCGUACAGCGCAGGCCAGCCAGCUCUUUGAGAACUUUGUUCAGGCGUCCACCUGUAAAGGGACUCUGCAGGCCUUCAGCAUCCUCUGCAGGCAGCUGGAGCUGGAUCCUCUGGACCACAGCCAAUUCUACAGCUCACUGAAGGCUGCAGUCAGCACAUGGAAAGUCAAGGCUCUGUGGACAACACUGGACAAGAGGGCACAGCACAAGGUCUACAACCAGAAUAAAGCCUGCCAGGGCACCAGGUGUCUGAUCAUCGGUGGGGGUCCUUGUGGCCUGCGAACAGCCAUCGAGCUGGCCCUGCUGGGCUGCAAGGCUGUGGUGAUUGAGAAGAGAGACACCUUCUCCAGAAACAACGUGCUCCAUCUCUGGCCCUUCACUAUUCAUGACCUAAGGGGCCUCGGAGCCAAGAAGUUCUACGGCAAGUUCUGCGCUGGCUCCAUUGACCACAUUAGUAUCCGUCAGCUCCAGCUGAUGCUCCUGAAAGUGAGUCUGAUUCUGGGAGUGGAGAUUCAUGUCAACGUGGAGUUUGUCAAACUUUUGGAGCCACUAGCAGGGCAGACUGAUGAAAGCCCUGGGUGGCGCGCAGAGGUCCAACCUUCUAGCCAUCCUGUCUCAGACACUGAUUUUGAUGUCGUGAUUGGAGCCGACGGACGCAAAAACACAUUAGAUGGUUUCAGCCGCAAAGAGUUUCGAGGUAAGUUGGCAAUUGCCAUCACAGCUAACUUCAUCAACAGGAACACCACUGCCGAGGCCAAAGUGGAAGAAAUCAGCGGCGUGGCCUUCAUCUUUAACCAGAAGUUCUUUCUGGAACUUAAGGAGGAGACAGGAAUUGACUUGGAGAACAUAGUUUACUACAAAGACAAUACCCACUACUUUGUCAUGACAGCAAAGAAACAGAGCCUGCUGGACAAAGGGGUCAUCAUAAAUGACUACAUAGAAACGGAGCGACUUCUGAGUGCUGACAAUGUCAACCAGGAAGCAUUGCUCUCUUAUGCCCGUGAGGCAGCUGACUUUGGCACAAACUACCAGCUGCCGUCCCUGGACUAUGCCAUCAACCACUACGGGGAGCCAGAUGUGGCCAUGUUUGACUUCACCAGCAUGUAUGCUUCAGAGAACGCCGCUUUGAUCAGGGAGAAACAUGGACACCAGCUACUCGUCGCACUGGUGGGAGAUAGUUUGCUUGAGCCCUUCUGGCCGAUGGGUACAGGUUGUGCUAGGGGUUUUCUUGCAGCCUUCGACACAGCUUGGAUGGUGAGGGGCUGGGCACAAGGAAGGAGCCCUCUGGAGAUACUGGCUGAGAGGGAGAGUAUUUACCGACUGUUGCCUCAGACCACCACAGAAAACAUAAGCAAAAACUUUGAACAGUACACCAUUGACCCUGCCACCCGCUACCCCAACCUCAUCUCCAGCUGUGUACGCCCACACCAGGUUUGUCACCUGUAUAUUGAUGGCCAACAGGACUCAUGUAAUGUGGAAACAGGAGCCCCGACACGCAGAUUGGUCAACCUAUCCAGAACAGAGUCCGAGGUGCGUCCUGGGCGGCUGCUGACCUGGUGUCAGAAGCAGGCUCAAGGCUACAGAGGGGUCGACAUCACCAACCUCACAUCUUCCUGGAGGAACGGCCUGGCCCUCUGUGCUCUCAUACACCGCCAGAGGCCUGAGCUCAUCGAUUAUGAAUCUCUUAAAGAGGAGGACGUGAUUGAGAACAACCAGUUAGCAUUUGAUGUGGCUGAGCGAGAGUUCAGCAUCCAGCCAGUGACUACAGGAAAGGAGAUGGCUGUGGAGGCUGAACCAGACAAGCUAUUAAUGGUCCUCUACCUCUCCAAAUUCUACGAGCUCUUCAGGAAUUCAUCAGUAAACAAUGCUUUGCUUAACUCUGGAGGCCCUCAGCAACUGUCACACCAACCCAAUAGAACAGAACCAGAUGAAAAUAGUAAAGAUUAUCCAUCUAAAACCAACCACAGACUGCUGAGCCUGCCUCCACCCAGGAAGAGGAUACCCAGGGAUGACAAGACAGUGGAAGACGAUUCUAUUAACAAGAGACGGCGAAAGGGCAGCCACUACCUCACAGAGAUUUCUUGUCACAGUGCACUCCCUACUGGUGAGGAUGGAGAGCUGCGGGAGAAUAAGGUCCGCUCUAUGGCAACUCAACUGCUAGCCAAAUUUGAAGAGAACACCUCAACAGCAAAGACACGCAGCAUGUCUGAUGAGGACCCAUCCAAUCCAUCCUAUUCUCCUACUCUGUCUCCUUCCACCACUCCACUUCCUCUUUCAAAUGAGGAAGAUGGUGAGGAAGAAAACAAGGAAAGAGAUAACCCCCGUUUUGCAAAGCCCAAAGAUAUCCCCUCUCCUCCUCUGCCCCCCAGGUGCCCCAAGUGGCAGCCUUCCAUCUACCUUCGCUUACUGGAGAACUCUAGUUCUUCAGCUCCACAUACCAGUUUCCUAUAUUCCCCCAAACCCUCUCAUCCUCAGAGUGGCUACAGUUGCUCUCCUCCCCCAUCAUGCUUUAGGAGCCCAUUAACUCCUCCCCAUUCAUCCAGCCUUAAUGUUACUGAACACGACUACCCAGAAUGCAGCUUUCCUGAACUUGCAACCAGUCAUUUUUCUGCUUGUAUUCUGUCAAGUAUUGAUCAUCCCAUUGAGUGGUCAGAUGAGUUAAUGCAGCAGAGUAAAUCCCAGAAACUCACUACUAGAGAAUUUUCUAGGAGGAGUUUAAAGGAGAGAGCCGUCCUGCUCUGCUCCAUGUUUCCUGAGUCCAACAAACCUACUCCUGCUCCUCUUUCUCCUCCUUCUGAGUCACAGUGCAACGGGACCUGCGCUCUUGAGAAUGCCAGAAGAAUCACUAAAAAGUCAAUUGUUGACUAUGAGAGAUGUCCGAGUGGAGCUCCAAAUUACAUUAAAGAGCGUACAGUUGGAAAGGUAUCAACAGCCAUAGAUGCUAAGGCUCAGAUACUGGCCAUCCUCUAUGAGACAGACCACAGACCCAAUACCAGUCUGGCUCUAGUUCCGCGGCAAGGGAGGGCUCCUAAUGCUGAAGGGUGUGUGGUACGUAAGGACUUCCCUGCCAGGCUCGGUGGCAGCAACGUCUGCCACUUCUGCACCAAGCGGGUGUACGUGAUGGAGAGACUGAGUGCUGAGGGCUAUUUCUUCCACCGCGAGUGUUUCCGCUGUUAUGUCUGUAACUGUACCCUCCGCCUGGGAGGACACACCUUUGACUCGCAGGAAGCAAAGUUCUACUGCAAGAUGCAUUACGCCCAGCGUCAAUCCACCACUCACCUAGGAAGGUUCAGAAGGAGAAUGGAUGACCAAAGCCGUGUCACACCCUUGUUGCUGGGCAGUGGGAGCUACUCAGCGACAGGCAGCAUCCAGAUCCAUCCCCCAGAUGGGGAGUCCAGUUUGCAUUCAGAGCAGCCUGAUAAAGUUCAGAAAAGAGUUUCUGAAGAAACAGAGAUUGCUGUGGAGGUUCUGGAUGCUUCCUGCAUUGUAAAAUCCACAGCACAAGACACCACAAGGUCCAAGGGCCAAAACCACAACAGUACUAAAGAUCAUCGUAACACCAAACAGAAUAAUCGAUGGAAAAGGAAAAUCCGAGCGACCGUCCCUCUGAUCUUUAUCAAGCACUUCCAGAGAAGCUGGCCACUGGACAAAGAGGGACCAGAGACUGUACCUGAAAACAACUCUGACUUUGAGGAGAUCACUGCAGCAGAAAAACAAACUGUACCAGCAGAGACUGAAGCAGAUAAGCCUCACACAGACUCAGGCCAGGAAGGAGAACUAUCCCGGAGCCAAACCUCUGCCUCCUCCCACUCAGCCUUCCAGCUUAUAGCCAAUGCCUUCAGGAAGACAUUUAGUGUGACCAAUCCCUCUGGCAGCUCCAACAGUGCAGUCACAACGAGAUGCAAACGUGAUGGCCCUCACAAACAGAGGCCCAUGUCAGAGGGAGCUUUCAGCUUUAGCUCCCUCUUCAGCACUGUGGCUCCAGAGCCAUCCAGAGAGGAGAUGAAGGCUGGCAAGCGUGAAGUACGAUGGGCAUCUGUAGGGGCUGAUCCAUGGGGUGCCGGACAGGACCUGCCCUCUCUGCUGCAGCAGGUGUCCCUAAAGGGCUGGAAAGACUCUGGAGGGGUGUUCACUGAUGACAUGGGCUCACUGCCCCGCAGAAGGAUCGAUUUGUUCUCAUCCCUGAGGCUUAGGAAGAGGGAGGUGUCAGAGAGUGAGGGGAAGGACCAGGAAGUCGAAAACGAAAUCAGGACUAUCCUCACCAACCUCAGAAACAAAGCCUUCCGUCAGCAGAAUCUGGAAGAGCCUUCCUCUAGUGCUGAUGAAAAUGAAAGCCUGCCACUCAGUCAGAAGCUGUGUACACAGAGAAAGAGGAGGAAGCAGGAGAAGAUAGUGGCCCAGCAGACUAAAAGAGAACAAAUGAAGAGACUACACAGAGCUCAGGUUAUCCAACGACAACUGGAGGAAGUUGGAGAGAAACAGAGAGACGUAGAAGAGAGAGGAGUAGCAAUUGAAAAGAUCAUAAGAGGAGAAACGGAAUCAUCUCAGACAGAUGACAGUGAUAAGGCCCAGCUUUAUCAGUCCUGGUUUAAACUUGUUCUGGAGAAGAACAGAAUGGCACGCUAUGAGUCUGAGCUCAUGAUCUUUGCCCAGGAGCUUGAACUGGAAGACACACAGAGCCAACUGCAACAAGAUCUACGAUGCAGAAUGGCAAUAGAGGAUACAAAGAAGAGCGCCUCUGAGUUACAGGAGGAGCAGCAGAUCCUGUCAGAGAUCAUGAGGACGGUGGAGAAACGAGACAUGUUGGUCUCUAUACUGGAGGAGCAGAGGCUAAAGGAGAGGGCUGAGGACAGGGACCUGGAAAGCCUUGUGCUCUCCAAGGGCUAUGAGUUCCACUGGUCCCAGGUGGAUGACAGCUGGGGGCAGGAGAAGCUGGAGUGGGGAGUUUGAAUCUUGAGCACCUUGGUGGUGAAAAGCAGGAUGGAUACAAAAGGGUAAAAAAGUACUGUAAUAUAUUACUAUUUUUAACAGAAACAGGGUCGAAUUUACAGUCAUAGAUUGUGUCUGGGUUUUUCUUGUAAAGCUAAAAAUCUGUUGUGAGAAUGGAAAUUUAAUGAAAUUCUAGGUAUUUAUUCCACCUGAAGACAGCCGGGAGGCUUCAUCUUUUCACUUGUCUUUCACUUUGUUUUAAGGUUAAAUAGAAAUGGAGCCUGAGCUAAUGACUUCAUUUACAGCCAAGGGGACUCAGAAGUCUAAUCUGCCAUGGCCCAGGCUCACACUAACCUGAAAAGGGAUGUACAAUAUGAUUAACCACUUAUAAUAAUGUUACUGACUGCCUUGUAAAACGUAUGCACACCUCAUAAACUAAACUGACUGCCUAAUCAACAACUGCUUUAUGUGGUUGCUUGCCUUAUGAGUUUAACUGCUGUGACAGAUUUGUUACUACCGUAGCAUUAUAGUUCCUUACUGGACAACACAUGUAACUACUCCACACUUUUCCAGAAGUUUUGCACAGUGUGAUUUGUUUUAAAUUUGUGUCCAGAAUUGUGUUUUGUGUAAUUCACUGUUAGUCACUUUGUAGCUAUUUGUGUGAGUGUAAGCUUUCUUGUGUGUAUUUUGAUAUUAUUUUUUCACUUUGUGCUGGAACACUGUCAAAUAAAAUUCAGUUGUAUUUACACCUAGACGCUAAUGAACACAGGAGAAACAUAAUCCUAACUGCCAGAUAUUUGUAGUCAGCUGCUAAGAUAUACUACAGCCAGUGGCUGACAAUUUAAUCUUUUCACCCCUUUGUGACACUAGUUGUCCCAUAAUUCAAAACUGAAUCACAGAGCAGAAAACUCAUUGGGGCCUGAUCAGAGGUGUGACAUGCCUGAGAGUUUAAAUGCAAAGAAUGCAGUUUUAUUUUCUCCUAAUUCGGAGUGGAUUUACAAUGUGACUUACUAACUAAAUCAUGAUUGUUCUGUUUUUCUUGUUUUAACCUGGGCUGUGAGUCAAAAUGACAGGGUUAUCUCCCUCAUGAGAAGAUAAAUAAUGUGUUAAAUGAGUUUUAAUCCCUCACUUCUCGUUUGGUCCCUGGGCUUUAAAUGUUAUGUUUGAUUAUAGUGUGAAUUAACACUAAAUUCAGGGUACGUUUUGUUUUCAUGAUAAAAAAUGUUAACUGUGUGAUGUUUCUAUAUGUUUUGGUUUCAGAUCUUUUGAAUGGAAAAAAUUAUUUAAUAAAAAUGAAUUUAAAACAAUAACUGAUAUAUUGAUAUAAUGAUAUUGAUAACUGUUAUAAUGGCUGCGUUUUUCUACUGAGAGUGGUUGAGGUUGUAACUCUUAAAUUUGAGCACCCUGUUUGCAUAUGUCUUGUAAAUUGUUGAACAAGAAGGAGCUGAUUUUUUUUUAACAUUCUCCUUUGAACGGACAUUUUACUAUUUAUUUUUGUAUUUAAUUGAGGUUUGUAUGAUAUAAGCCAACAUGCUUACAUAAUUUAGAUACAAUUUGAAA